UCAUUCAAAAUGUACGUUUAAAAAGCGAAACUAUAAAAACUUUUUUGGGUAUUCGUUAGGCGUUGCUAUACUCAGCUCGACGAGCUCUAUCGAUUGGCUAACUCAGAUUUUAAUUUGGGGGUGUUCGUGGGUGUUCGCGUCUUUUAGCAAUACCCAGCACAUAUUGGUUUUAGACGAAGUGAAAAGCCAUCACAAAUGCUUGGCUAUGGAAUAUAUUUCGCUAGGUCAAUUAAUAAUACAUUACUAAAAGCACGAUUUGGAGGAGCGAUUAUAUGUGCUCAAGUCAGAAUGGAAAAUGUGUUAGAGGUAACAAAAAACGAAUUACACAAUGUAUCAAAUUCUAAACAAUGGUGGAAUACAUAUGAUACCGUUUACUAUAAUCAUGAAUCUCCUAAUAAAGAUGAAUUUUGUAUUAAUGAUCCUGAACAAAUACUAUGCUAA